AUGUCUCAGUCUCAGCUUUCUGCUAUUGUCAUAAACAUCACACUGGAUGGCCAGAACUAUUUAGAGUGGGCUUUUACUGUUGAAACUGCAUUGAGGGGUCAUGGUCUUUAUUUUCAUUUGACUGAUGAUCCACCAACUCUUAAGUCUGAUAAUAGUAAUGCCGCUGCUGUCAAAACCUGGGAAAUCAAUGAUGGAAAAAUCAUGGCUGCUAUGGACCGCUAUGUUCAGGAAAGUGGUGCCCUUCAACAUACUCUCAUGCAGCAGCUUCAUGUUAUUGAACAGAGAGACAUGUCCAUUGAUGAGUACUAUUCUGCUUUUGAUGGUUUAAUGGGUUCUUUGGUACCCAUGGUACCCCAGUGUACAGCAGGUCAGAAUUGUACAGCACUUUCAUUUAUUGAGCAGUUUCUUACUUACAGAUUUGUCAUGGGAGUCAGGGCAGAGUUUGAUUCUAUUGGUACAAGGUUGCUUCAUACUUCCUCUACCCUGACCAUGGCAAAGGCAUUGUCUGACUUACUUGCUAAAGAGACACGUCUUCAGGCCUUGUCUUCUUCUGUGCCUCACCCUCACAGUGUGUUGGCAGCUUCUCAGAGGACCAGUGCAUUCAAAGAACCCUAUAAGCAUUGUGGCAGGACUAAUCAUAGUUCAGAUACCUGUUUUGCUAAGCAUCCAGAGAAGUUGGCUGAAUUUCAUGCCCGUCGUGCUGCUCGUGGUCGUGGUACUUCUUCCACUCCUCGAGGUUCAGGUUCUAUUGGAACUGUUUCUGUUGCUGCUUCCUUGACUGACCGUUGCAACGGGAAAGUGAUUGGGACUGGCCAUCGCCGUAAAGGUGCUUCCAGCCUCUAUGUUCUAGACACCCUACGUCUUCCUUCGUCUGUUGCAUCUACAGCUCAUGCAUCAUUCGCUGCAUCGUCUUCAGCCUCCUUCUCCAAGUGGCAUCAUUGUCUUGGUCAUCUUUGUGGGUCUCGUUUGUCCUCCAUGAUAAAUAAAGGUUGUUUAAGUCAUGCAUCUAUUGAGUCUAGCUUUCAUUGUGGCACACUGGUUUGGUCCACCAAUACCACUGGCAAGUCAGUGGUUGGCAUGAAUCUCACUGGGUCAGGCAAUCUGGUGCUCUUAGAUCAUAGAAAUAUGGAAGUGCUACAUUUCGGGCAGAAACUCAUAGCAAGUACCUCAGCUACAAAUUGGGCCAAAGGAAAGUUCUAUCUCACAGUACUUUCCAACGGCAUGUACGCAUUUGCAGGAGUUGACACUCCUCUUGCAUACUAUCAAAGUCCCACUGGUGGAAAUGUCAUAGCAAACACUUCAGCAUACAUAGCACUCAAGAAUGGAAGCCUGGAGGUUUUCACUUCAUUCAGAGGAACAGAGGGAUCAGAUUAUUCCAUUCAAUUUCCCAUGAAUGCCUAUGGACUGGAGUUUGUGAGGCUAGAUUGGGAUGGGCACUUAAGGCUAUACCAGGGGGGAAAUGGCAAUUGGGUGAACUCAGAUCUUCUUCAUAUAGCUGAUCCUUGUUCUUACCCUCUAGCUUGUGGGGAAUAUGGUGUCUGUUCAGAUGGACAGUGCAGCUGUCCAGAUGAAGCCCUCAGGCAGUCCGGAUUGUUCAAACUGAUUUAUCCCAGGGAGCGUAAUCGUGGCUGCUCCUUGACAGAUUCACUAUCCUGUGGGUCAGCCCAGAAGACAAGUUACUCUAGGAAUUUUAGUUCUUAUGCAUUUGUUAAAGUUCAAGAGCACAAACCCAUGCUAUCUAAAGAAAAAAUUGUCAUUGUCGUGGUUGUUGGUUCUUCAACUUUUGUUGCCUCAGUUAUUGUCUCUGUGCUCAUUGUCAUAAGGAGUGCAAAACUAUUACAAGACACAGACAUUAUUGAUCAGUUGCCAGGGCUGCCCAAAAGAUUUUGUUUUGGGAGUUUGAAAUCAGCAACUGGAGAUUUCUCAAGGAAAAUUGGGGUUAGAGGAUCUGGUUCUGUUUUUGAGGGACAUAUUGGUGAUAUGCAGGUUGCUGUGAAGAGAUUGGAUGACAUAAAUCAGGGGGAAAUGGAAUUCUUAAUGGAGGUUCAGACCGUUGGAAGAAUCAACCACAUACAUCUGGUGAGUCUAAUUGGAUUUUGUGCUGAGAAUCACAUAGGCUUCUUGUCUAUGAGUACAUGCCUAAUGGAUCUUUGGAUAAGUGGAUUUUCACAAAGCACCAAGUGGGCCCACUUGAUUGGAAGACCAGAUUGA